AUCCUGAAGGAGCAUCUGGUAGAGAGCAGACGCACCUGAAGGGAUGAGCUCCGGCAUGGCUGGCGCCAACAAGGAGCAACCCGCUGGCACGAGGCGGAACAGGAUGAGCUUCUGCGAGGAUGGCCCCGCAGCGAGGCGUGCCUCCGGACCCACAUGCACCGACACCGAAGGUACACGGCUCCACAGCCACCACAGGAGCGCUGCUGCAGCCAAUCUUGGCACGCAGACGACACUUUCCAUCUGCCACCUCACUCCCGCCUGGCAGCGGGAGGGCUGCCGGGAAGCGGCAGGUGCAGAGUGUGACCUGCUUUUCCUUUGCCCUCCAGAGCGAGUUGCCGUCUGGGAUGCGGUGGCCGCCUACGUACAAGAGCACCUCCUGGUGCAGAAGGGGGUCUGGAUUCCCACCUUCGGAUCCUUUGACACCAUCUCCAGAGACAUCAGGACUGAGGACGGGACCGUGACUCUGCGGUGGCCCGUCUUUCACUUGUCUGGAAACCUCAUAGCCGUGCACCACCUCAAGCCCCGCAGGGAGUCCCUGCCAGCCCAUAGGAAGCUGGAGCCGCUCAAGAGCAGCGAGGUGGCCGCAGCUGCCUCUGUGACCUGGCAGACAGCGCAGGCUUGCAUCCAAAGCACCGUGUCCCUGCUCUCUGGCUGCCUGAAGAAUGGGGAGAACGUUGCCGUUGUCUUCAAGGACAUUGGAGUGCUCCACAUCGAUGGACUGACCUUCCACAUGAAAUUCUAUUACGACUUCCUUGAGAAGCUGUCAGGGAAAGAGAAGUUCAGGAAAGCUCUUCUCAAGGCCCCCUGGCUGCUGGACAUGGUGGUGUCCCGAGCGGCACCGGUGGCCUCCCUGGCACUCUCUGGCUGCCUCGUCGUCUUUCCCAAAAAUUCCCAUGAUUAUUUCCAACUCAUUUCCAGGCUGAUGGCUGCUGGUCCUGAAGAACCGCAGAAUCACUAAGGUUGGAAAGACUGCUAAGAUCAUCACACCCAACCCCAGCCUACCCCACCAUGCUCACUAACCAUGUCCAUCACUGUCACAUCUCCAUGUUUCUUGAGCAUCUCCAGGGACAGUGAUUCCCCCACCUCCCUGGGCAGCCUGUGCCAGUGCCUUGGAUGGAAGGCCCUUGGACGGUGACCAAGAUGCUGGCUGUCGUGGUGGUCCUCUUCGCCCUUCUGUGGCUGCCAUACCGCACACUGGUGGUGGUGAACUCCUUCGUGGACCCCCCGUACCUCAACAUUUGGUUCCUCCUCUUCUGCCAGAUGUGCAUCUACCUGAACAGUGCCAUCAACCCCAUCAUCUACAGCCUGAUGUCGCAGAGAUUCAGAUCUGCCUUCAGGAAACUCUGCAGGUGCGGAUGGAAGAGCACGGAGGUGCCCACACCACGCAGCGUCCCGGUGCUCUAUAGCAGAGCAAAGGAUGGCUCUCAGGGCAGCUCCGAGCAGGGCACCCACCAGGAUGACCUGAACGGUCCCCCUGCACCUGUGAGAAGCAGGGCUGCCAUGCACACACCGGGACCCUGACACAACGCAGGCAGCAGGAGCUGUGCGGCUGUGUGCACCACGCUGGGAAAGUGCCAACAGAAAUUGCUUGGGCAUUGCAACAAGCUUAAGUUAAUACCUCUCCAGGGCAUUUAACAGAACAGAUUCUUGGAGGCAAAAUAAUUUGCUUUUCCUUAAUGCUAAUUUAUUCUUGCGUGUUGAAGCGUUAGGCGCAGGUCAAUGUUCAGCAUCUCUAAAGAAUCUGUAGUUAAAUAUAGCAGUGCAACGCCAUUCUGUGUUAUGUGCAAGUGCAGCUGCUUGUUGAGUCAGGCCAGAGCAUGGGAAGGAAAUGCAGGAAGAGAAGGGCAGUCAAGGAAAACCUGUUGCCAGAGCAGAUUUCCUAGAGGGUGAGCUUCCCCUACCCAAACGUAGGAGGCUUCUGACAUGAGCUGCUCCUCCAGGGGUCUGUUGGAGUUAGCAGGACAAUGUGGCACUUUGUCCUCUCAUUCCAGGAAGAGAUGAAUGCACUCCUCUGGUGUGUUAUUUCCUUCCACCAACACCAAAGGGACCACUCUGCCUCUCCGAUGGAGACUCGUGCAUUACACGUGGCUGAAGCUGGGUGUCAUGAACCUCACCCCGUGCUUCUGUGCCAUUGCCGUGCCAACCAGCCCAAGGACACUUGCCCCAGGCUCACAAGCGACUCUCUGGACUGGGAGUAAAAUGUAAGAGAUCACACAGGAGGCAGAUGCCAAGGCUCCUGCCAAGCAAAACAAGAGGCAGCCACCAGUAACCCUGAAGUGACCGCACACCAUUCUUUGAGCAGCCAGUUCAGCCUCAGCAUCCACCACUGCUUCACAACAAACCAGAGCGUUUAAUCAGAACUUUACCUCUGCUUAGGAAAAGGUCUGUGUGACAUUUCAGAGCGGACACAAUCUUAAAAAACCUUUUUUGUGUCUAUGGGAAAUAACUGCCCUGGGCAAAGAGACCUCAUUCCAUGCAGGGAAGGGUUCAGGGUCUAUUUUGUUUCCGUGUGGCGUGGCUUUGCGUGUGUGAUUAUUAUAUUGUGAAUUAUUAAAUCAUCUAUUCGGGCUCAAAAGAACCAUAGGAUGAGGAAAGAGAGCACUGGUUUUGCUGGUAUUGAGGAAACAGUGUUUGUGUGGAAAUGGAGGUUUCAUAUCACAUAAUUUUGGUUUAUUUCUGAAUACUGGAUCUCGAGGAGCAAAGUUCCUCAUUAUUCGAAAGGAAGCUCUGCACAGAAAUUUCAGAGUUCCUUCGUGAAGAGAAGGGAAAUCCCUUUGCUGCAGUGCAAGAAGAGCACGACCCUUAAAGGAACGAGAAGUGAGCAAUUUGCUGCUAACGGUCUUCUCUAUCGCAGUGAUGUCUUCUCCCCUUAGUGCUGGAAAUUGCUUGCAAGAACCGUGUGCUCAGAGAGGAGAAGCGGGCUGGGGAUGUGUGCUCUGUGCAGAGCAGCAGAAAGGCAGCCCUGUCCUGCAGCCACACGGGGUGAGAAUUCAGUGCCUGAGCUGCAGAGCCCUCCUGUGAGCUGAGUUGGGGCACUGCUCGGCAAUGGGGCGCAGCCCAGCAAUGAAACAUCUCUGCAAACUCAUUUCUGUCUCCCCGUCACAUUUCCAGGCUCUGAAAUUUUUGUUUGGCAGAUUUGAGGUGCAAGUAAAACUCACUUCUCUUUUCCCCCUUCUGCCCUUAUCUGCCCAGGUACGGCGUGACUCUUUGCUAUUUCUCUAGAAGUAAUUGGCAGAUAAAUUCUCCAGAUACCACGAGACCUCUAGUAAAUGCACCAUUCUGCAGAUGAGAGCUCCUGAUCCUUCUCCCUGCACAUAUGCUGACAUGCUGGGACAGUCUGAGAGUGUUUUAGGUGGAACAGUGUUCCAUGUUUUAGGUGAAGAACAGCAUUCAGCUUGCCAAGGAGAUGCUGGUGGAGAGAAUGGGUAGCUGAACACUGCCGGGACAUAAAUCAUCAGUAGGAAGGAAUGACCAGAAAUACCUCUGAUGCUGAAGGCUCCAACUGAUGGCUCCCAGGGGAGCUUUGGCUGGAUGGAGGCUGAAGCCUCACCCCGGCCCUCCUCAUACAGGGCUGAAGGCCAGGAGGAGAUGCUCCUGCUCCCUGCAUAGACGGAUGGCGGAGUACGACUGUGCUGUCCCCGGGCUGGACAGGUCACUCUCAAAGGACAGCAGGGCUCAGAUUGCACCUUUCACCUCCCACCAGUGCUGCCCUUUGGCCACAGGAUCAGUGCCUCUGUCCCUAUUCUCAUGUCGAGCUGGGAGCGGUGCAAGGGACAUUACCCAAAAGCAGCAGCCCCUGAGGCAAAGCCCCAAGCACUGUUCCUUCACCCUGGGGAAGGGGCACGCUCAUCUUUUCUCCAUUACUAAUAUUUUUGAAGCAAUACACCAUCGCUCCAGCAGGAGACCCACCUCCCUGAUGCCUCCACACAUAGCCAAAGAUCUGCUCCAUUCAUCAGCCUGAGAUUGAUGAGGUGCAAAGGGCUCUGGUUACCCUGCUGCCCCCUCCCUUCUCCCCAUGGCUGGGUGAAUGAGUUGCUGCUGGCUCCUCUGAUAUCAGAAGUAGAGAGCCCAGGGGAGAGCAAAGUCCUCAUUCCACCAAACUCAUCUCCCUAAGUCCUUACCAGAUAUUAUCCUUAAAGAUAUUUCAUCAUGACACCCCUUGCACCCCACAGAAGCAGGAGGGAAACCCUAUUGCCUGCAGAGGCUGAGCCUGUGUCACAUCAGCCCCUCUGCACAGCCCAGCCUUGCUCAUGUGAGACACUCCAGAAAUAGAAAAGGGAUUGAAGGUUUCAGCUAUUCUGCAUUCCUCCGGCCCCGGUGGCUCUGCCUGGCAGUGGGCUCUGUUCUCCCAUCCUUCUCCUAAAUCACUCUUGCCCUCACUACCAUUUCCCUGUCCCUCAUAUCUGGCUUUCCCAUUACUUUGUCCGUUCACUAUGAAAUUUUAGGGACUAAUAUGGAUGUAAGAGGCCAUGACUUCAGAUUUACUAGGAGCAAGUGAGUUUUUGCACCAGAAGGGCAGAUUGCUGACAGGCGUUGGCAUCCAUCCAUUUGUGGGCUUAUGGGGCUGAUGCUGCACAGGGUCCUGGGGCACUCC